CUCAGCCUGAGUGCGCUCUCUCCUCUGCCGCUCUCCAUCCAUCCGUCUGUAUCUUCUGUGUUCUCUUUUCUUCACUCCAUCCCUCCCUUGAGCCACUCUCUCCUCUUCUUUACACCCACUUCCUCUCUUUAUCUCUACCUCAGUGUCUUCCUCCUCUCAUCACCACACAUCCUCCUGAGCCUGAGUGUGAAGCACCUGUGCAGACUGGAGUUUGUCGGGCCGUGGCAGAAGGUGUUUCUCUUCCUUUUUGUUUUUGUUUGAGAACAGGGGAGGGAGGGGAGACAACACCCAGGAACACCUGAACCAGUCAUUUCUUCAAGAUAUGUGGAGACUUAGGAAGUGAUCUCCUCCUCCAGCUCUUCCCCAGCUGUUUGUUUAUCUGAUUUUUUUAUUGAAACAACUGGAAUGCUUAACGUGGACUGAUGGAUGUUUCCGAACUGUGUAUCCCUGACGCUCUCUGCUACCACAACCAGUUGUUAAACAGAAUGCCCUCUGAGGACCGACACCUCUCCUCCAGUUGUGGUUCCUACGUCAAAACCGAGCCUUCCAGUCCCUCCUCCUCCCUCCUAGACAACGGCAGCCACCACAGUCCAAGCGGCAACUCCGACGCUAGCGGAGGCUACAUUAACGGCAGCAGACACCCACACGCCCUGGACUCCCCGCCAAUGUUCAACCCGAGCAUGCUGGGAGGCGGCGCCGCCUGCCUACGCCGCUACGAGGACUGCUCUGGAGGCGUGGCAGACGACUCGCCGAUCAAGUGCGAGUACAUGCUCAAUGCCAUCCCCAAGAGGGUCUGCCUGGUGUGUGGAGACAUCGCCUCAGGGUACCACUAUGGGGUGGCCUCGUGUGAGGCCUGCAAAGCCUUCUUCAAAAGAACAAUACAAGGGAAUAUUGAGUACAGCUGUCCAGCCACCAAUGAAUGUGAGAUCACCAAACGGAGACGUAAAUCAUGCCAGGCGUGUCGCUUCAUGAAAUGUCUCAAAGUCGGCAUGUUGAAAGAAGGUGUACGUCUGGACCGGGUGAGAGGGGGCCGACAGAAGUACAAACGGAGGUUGGAUGCAGAGAACGGCGGUUACCUCGGCCUCUCCAUCCCGCCUCCUGCGAAAAAGCCUUUGACAAAGAUCGUCUCCCAUCUGUUGGUGGUGGAGCCAGAGAAGAUCUACGCCAUGCCUGACCCCAGCAUGCCCGACGGAGACAUCAAGGCCCUGACCACACUGUGCGACCUGGCCGACCGCGAGCUGGUGGUCAUCAUCGGCUGGGCAAAACAUAUCCCAGGUUUUUCCACUCUGUCACUGGCUGACCAGAUGAGUUUACUACAGAGCGCCUGGAUGGAGAUCCUGGUUUUGAGCAUCGUGUUCCGCUCGCUGCCCUGCGAGGACGAGAUUGUGUACGCUGAGGACUACGUGGUGGACGAGGACCAGGCGAGGGUCUCGGGCCUGCUCGACCUGCACGUGGCCAUCCUGCCGCUGGUGAGACGCUACAAGAAGCUGCGCAUGGAGAAGGAGGAGUUUGUGACACUAAAGGCCAUCGCUCUUGCCAACUCAGACUCAAUGCACAUAGAGAACAUCGAAGCGGUCCAAAGGCUCCAGGAUUCUCUCCAUGAGGCCCUGCAGGACUUUGAGGGCUCCCAGCACCCGGAGGACCCUCGACGGGCAGGGAAGCUGCUAAUGACCCUCCCUCUGCUCCGUCAGACCGCCACCAAGGCCGUGCAGCACUUCUACAGCAUCAAAAUGCAGGGCAAGGUCCCCAUGCACAAACUAUUCCUCGAGAUGCUGGAGGCCAAGGCUUGACACCCGGGGCCAGGUGAUUGACAGACAGCUGCGUCAGCCAAUGGGAGGCGAGGGACAGCCGGAUUAAGAAAUAAAGGCAGUGUGCCAAUUGAGAGAGAAGACUCCUGAGUCGUUUGAACUAUUUUAAAAGGUAAUUCAUUUAAAAGAAAAUGGACUUUAAAUGCUUUUAAAAAGGAUAAAUAUCAACCUGAUUGACAUGGGAUCGUGAUGAUGUAAAUAAAGAUGUUGUGUACAGAAAUCAGGCAACAGAGGUCUUGUUAUAACCAGAGACCCACUGCUCUAUAUCACCUGAAGCUUCUGUGAAUCUGUUUCUUAUCUUAUUUUCAUCUCUAAAAGGAAGUAUGUUAAUAUAAAUGUCCUAAAGAAGUGUACGGCUGUUAAGCCACACUCUGUGUUUUUGUUGUUUUUCUUCCAUAUUUUCUAAUCUGAGUUGUUCAAGCAAUAGUCUCUAACUGGUCGACAUAUUAUACUUGUACUGUAUAUUGUGUGAAAUUGCACUGGGCGAGCGGGUGGGAGGCAGAACUGUUAGACAUAUUCUUAUAGUUGUCAUUAAAGAAAGCAAUGGGUACUUCUAAAGGGUACGUAAGAUUUCCUCGUAAUAUAUUUACCUCGUAGUAGCUUCAUCGACUCAACGGUUUUAGUCGACUUGGUGCUCACAGAAGGAUGAUGGUCGGCGAGUGAUCAUUGUCGCAAACAGUUUGCACUAAGCAUCGACGAGAAGAAAAAAACACGGCUAUAAUGGGUAGCAUAGCGUCCGUGUCUCAGUCAGUGUUUUUGCUUUUAGAGUUCCCUCUUUAAUCCUCUCUGUGUUCAGUGUCACACACACUUAUUGGCAACUAGCUAUACUGUGAAAAAAUACACACAAAUAAGCUAUAUUCUGAUGCUGACCAUUUGAACUGUACAGCUUGUUUAAAAGUUGUUGUUUUGUAAGAGAAUAACUGCAACAUCUAUGCAAUAUAAUGCAAUCUAAUCUGCUCUUUAAUAAUGCCCCAUAGGCCAGCAAUAAAUACAACCUUUGUAAAGUUUCAGUUUGUGUCAGGAAGACGCUCUUAUUAAACUCAGCUCCUUUUUGAGUCUGUACGUUGUCAUGGUGUUGUAGUAGAUUGCACUAUAUUGCAGAGGUUUGGCUUUUUUCUUGUGUCCAUCCUCCUUAGGUUAAGGUUUUGUUCUGAAACAAGUGUCACUAUAUUGACAGCGUAAGAUCAACAGCUCCAUCACAUCACUCCUUUUUUAUUUUUUAUUUUUUUUAUUUUUUUAAGUUAGAUACUGUACGUAAUCGAAAACCAAAUCUGUCUGCUACCCUCACUUAUAUAAACUGUAAUGAUCCUGUGUUAUUUUUCUCUUCUACAGUUUAGACUACAGAUUUCAAAUAUCUGCUCUGAGACAGUAAAAACACCAUCAAUGCCACUGGGUCCACAUGAAUUGCUUUGCUAACAUUCGGAAUAUUUCUUCCCUUUUAUAAAAAACUUGAACUUAAUAAUAUUUAAAUUUCCUUUAAUAGGCUGCAGCUUCACAAAUGUUUGUAAUAUGGCAGCUCUUUAAAACCGUUUAAAUUUAGAUAAAUACAAUUUUCAAUAUUUGUGUGCAACAAUAUAAUGACACUUGUGUAUCUGAGAACUACUCGGUUUACCCUCUGGAUUUAAUGACAGAAUAUAUCAGAACUCUGAUUAGUCCAACCACUGUCCUGCAUCCUUAGAAGUAUUACCUUUAAUCUUUAAACCUUUGACCUAAGUAUUUUUUAGCUUUCUUAUACGAUGGUGCUCCUUAUUCAGGCACUGAUCCAAAAACAAUGAAACUCUGAAACAGUGAUGCGCUCACACUAAGUCAAUACGUUUCUAUAUUCCUGAAGUGAUAGUAGACUUAGUUUAACAUCUGUCAGUUGCCAAAUUAUUUCAAGAAAGCAAUCAGAAUAUUGUGACAGUUAUUAACAUGAUAUAAGAUCAAAAUAAUGCGAUAGAUGAAUAAGCUGCUCUUUAGCAUUUUAAGGAGACACACUGUUGUCCUUUAUGACGAACACUUGAGUGUGAAGUGUCGUUAUCGUCUGCUCAAACAUGAAGCCGAGCAGACGUCAGACAGUUUCUGCAC